AUGGCUCCAGGAAAGGGCCCCGUCGUUGGAAAUCCAGAGCCUCGUCCAGAUCAUUUGGGCCCCUAUCUCACUCUUCCCCACCGCCUGACGCUAGCACCGUUCGCAUUACCUGUUAUCGCAACUGCUUUUGUGACGAUCCGACUCUAUCUCACGUGGCUCUCAGCCCAUCGUCUUAUCGGGGAUGCAAAGGAAUUCAUCCUCGCGAGCUGUCUAGCUGCUCAACGCGCCGCAAGCGUCGCCGUCAGUGCUGUCCGAUGGAUAGCAACCCAGCUCAAUGAAGGCAUGGUCGAAGUGGCUACAAACACCGUCGAAGCGGCACGAAAGGGUGCUCUCCUCUGUCUGACCACCCUGGACAACAUUAUUGCCUUCUUCGUAGAUAAAUUCAAGACUAUAUACGUCGGAAUGUUCAAAGUGUUUGUUCUCGGCAGCUUGAAUGCCAUUGUGACGGUCACAACUUCUAUCAACAGCGCUCUUACCUCGCUCGCAAAUGGUGUGGGUUCAGCGGUCAGUGCAGCUCAGAAUGGGAUCAACGGCGCCAUCAGCGCAGCUAGCGCUGUCCUCAGCAUCAACAUCCCACAGCUCAACGUACCGACCUCUUCGCUGCAGAAUGUCAACAUUCCGGAUCCGAUUAGCUCCCAAAUUACCGCCAUUCAAAGUUCCUUGCCCACCCUCGACGAUCUGCAAAAGUCGCUUUCUGGCCUCGUCUCACAGCCGUUUGCCAAUGCCGAUCUUCUUCCUCUUCCCGAUCCUCGUUCAGUCCACUUUUGCGACGAUAUCGAUCUGAGCUGGGUGGACAAAUUCGGAGGGUAUAUGCUCGACCCACUGAAAUGGGUCACCAUCGGCUUUGCCAUUCUCUUCGGUUUACUGCUCUUAUGCAGUAUCCUCUGGGAAAUCUACGCGUGGGGCAAGCUCCAGGCUGCUGUCAAGGGCAUCCAAAGCGAGUGGUCCGCAUUACCUUCUACAAACGACGAGAAGCGUGUUACAGACGGGACGGUGCAACCGACCGACGAUGAUCUUGACGCACCACUCGUCGAACUGACGCCAAGAAACGUCAUGCUGCUCCGUUAUCAGCUGGAGCACGGAUACAUGACCUACGCCCUGUCCCGAGUCCGUCGCUCCGUGCGACUUCCGCGCACCGGAGUGAGCAACAUUUCGUGGUUCUUUGCCUAUAUCACGUACCCUCCGGCACUUCUCUGUCUCCUUAUUGGAAUCUUGGGACUGAUCGCCGUCUCCAUCCAAGAUGCCCUUUUCCGUCGCGCCUUCAACGCAUUGGAUAAUGUAGAUGACGAAAUUGCGCAUGCAAUUGGAUCUGCAGGCAAUUGGACACAAAAGAUUACUGGCGAGAUUGAAGAUGCGAUCAGCACCGACAGCCAAAAGUAUGCAUCCGCCGUCAAUAGUUGGAUGGAAAAUGUCUCUGGGGACAUUAAUAACAAAGUCUUUGGGUCCGCAGUCGACGCUGCAGGAAACGUGAAUCAGACAGUAGUGCGCCUCUAUGGAGAUAUCGAAAGCGGUGUGCGCAACGCGUUCAAGGGCACCAUGUUUGAGUCGGUCGGCAACACCCUCAUCCAAAAGGUCCUGGGAGAUCAAGUGUACAGGAUCGGUGAUGCUGUGACUUGGAUGAAGAACAAUCUCCAUAUCCGACUCCCACACGUUGACGCCUCAAGGAUUCAACUGGCUGCGUCAGACGUGGCGGAUAUCGCGCGCACAGUCGAAGGCGCUGCAACAGCUGGGGGUGAUGCAGCGAUUGGUGGUGCAAAGUCGAUUCUGCAGAAAGUCGUCGACGCGUACGAGGCCGCGGUGCGAAAGGAGCGCAUCGUCUUCGCGCUUUUCAUCUGCAUCUGGGGCGUGGUGGUUCUAUUUGCGCUCAUCGGUCUGGUGAUCCGCAUCAUCAAGUAUAGGAAGACCUCGGUUGAAGAAGACGAGAAGGCAGGACAAUAG